GUGCUCAUCUACCUUGAUUGUCCAAGGAUGUCUUCCUCUUCUUCAUCAUCGUCAAACAACAAUGGCCCCAAAAAACGGCAAAAGUUGUCCCCCACUGCUACCGACGACCUGCUGUUCCAUCAAAAGGAUGUUUGGGUUAACAACAUCCUUCCGUUUGUCGGAAUGGGACACUAUGCCUUUGUAGGAGCUGUCAACAAAACACUGAAUCAACUCUACAAGGACUAUUGUAGGACAGUACAGAACCCUCCUAUGGUGUGGGAAGCUGGUGUCUUUGUUGGUACAACAGUGGCAGCCAGAAUUACAGACACAUACUAUAGUGCUGCCUUUGACAAUGUUGCCUGCGCGGAGUACUGGCACACGGACAAUUCCAGCCACAAAACUCCAAUUUCAUCAUUACGAGUUUGCCCGGCUAUUGCGGGCCUUGGGAAUAUUUCAGUCCUUCAAUGGGCCCAAGGGCAAGGCUUUCAGUGGGGUUCAGACACCUGCUUGGCUGCAGCUAAAGGUGGCCAUUUGGAAGUCUUGAAGUAUGCCCAUUACAACGGUUGUGCUUGGGAUGAACAAACCUGUGCUCAGGCUGCGGAAAGUGGCCAUUUGGAAUUCCUUAAAUGGGCUCGAGAGAAUGGUUGCCCAUGGGAUAUUUGGACUUGCUGGAGAGCCUCCGAAAAUGGACAUUUGGAGAUCCUGACGUAUGCCCGUGAAAAUGGAUGUAAUUGGGAUGAAUCCAUAUGCGAAAUCGCUGCUUCCAAUGGUCAUUCCAAAAUCCUAAAGUAUGCCCAUGAGAACGAAUGUCCAUGGGAUGAAGAAACAUGCAAUGGUGCAGCUGGACAUGGUCAUUUAGAAAUCCUGAGGUAUGCCCAUGAAAAUGGUUGUGAAUUGGAUGAUUUCGCAUGCACCACCGCUGCUUCGUUUGGCCAUUUGGAAUGCCUCAAGUAUGCCCGUGAAAAAGGAUGUCCUUGGCACAAAGCCAUAUGUGAAGCUGCUGCUGAAAAUGGCCACUUGGAAAUCCUGACAUAUGCACAUGAUAAUGGCUGUCCAUGGGAUGAAGACACAUGCAGCAAUGCAGCUGGAAGUGGCCAUUUUGAAGUGCUGAAAUAUGCCCAUGAGAAUGGAUGUCCAUGGAGUGAAUACACAUGCUAUGAACUAGCUAGAGCUGGCCAUUUGGAAAUACUUAAAUGGGCUCGUGAGAAGGGUUGUCCAUGGGAUGCAAACACCUGCAUUGCUGCCGCUGGAAACGGGCAUUUGAAAAUUCUGAAAUGGGCCCGGGUCAAUGGGUGCCCUUGGGAUUCUAGAACAUCUCAAGCUGCUUCUGAUAAUGGUAACGGAGAAAUUGUACAAUGGGCUCGGGACAAUGGAUGCCCAGAUCACUCUGACUAUGUAACUAGCUAGCAAGAGUUGUCUUGUAUUACGAGUAUGCAUAGGUCCUUGUAUUCGGCUACAUGAUCUUUGGAUGCAAUCCUAUACGUGAUUUCUCUCUCGCUCUCCCAGCUGUCAGCUACGGUACCGUGCAGCGGGCAAAUAAGCA